GAUCUUGUUGAGGUAUAUGUUCACAGGAUACCCACAGAGAUUACCAUGAACUCAUCAUGUGAUUUUACAAAAGAAGGCCAACACCUUGUAGGGCGGAUGGCGGGCUUUCUACUGGAGGAAAUCCAAAUUGAUUAUUUUAAAAGGUCCCACCCUUUUUUUAAGCACACAUUAAAUAGCCUGUUUACAAUAGCCUUGUAUACACAGUUGGGUAGGAGCUGCUAGUCGAUCACUGGAAUUUUCCAUAUUUUUCCCUAAGCAGGAUAUACUUUACUCGGCUACAAAGGUGUAACAAGUUUUACCCGAGAUAAAAUUCUGUGUCUGCAGGAGUUUGACUGGGAAAAUAUGGGAAACGAGCAAGCAAAAGCUAAAGAGCGAGCAAAGAGUUUGAAAAAAUCAGAGAAGCAUGGAAAUGGAUCAGUGCAUGGCCUCUCCGCAAACAUCACAUCUAAUGGAUUGCAGGUUAAUGGCGGGACAACAUCUGUAGACCUCCUCACAGAUACAACAGAUUAUGUAGUAAUCGAAGCAGACUCUCUACCUGCUCCAGAUGGGACUCCAAUUAUUUCUGAAGUCCUGGAAACUGCCACCAAGACAGAGGAGGUCCUGGAAACAAUGGACGAAAAGAAGGAGGUCUUGGAAUCCAUGAACGAGAAGAAGGAGGAGGUCCUGGAAACCAUGACCGAGAAGAAGGAGGAGGUCCUGGAAACCUUGGACCAGAAAAAGGAGGUCCUCGAAGCCAUGAAUGAGAAGAAGGAGGAGGUCCUGGAAACCAUGAAUGAGAAGAAGGAGGAGGUCCUGGAAACCAUGAAUGAGAAGAAGGAGGAGGUCCUGGAAACCAUGAACGAUAAGAAGGAUGAGGUCCUGGAAACCAUGAACGAGAAGAAGGAGGCCCUGGAAAACACGGUACAGACAGAGGUCAAGAAAAGUAAAGAAAAACUCAAUCUGUUUGGCAAAAUGUUCAAAAAGAAAGCAGAACCUCCCGCUCCUCAGCCAGUUCCUGUCGAAGUUGAAACAGUUCAAGAAAUAGUCACGCCAACUGAAGAUGAAACAGAUCAAAAAGCUCCAGAGGAAACUCCCCCUGCCACUGAUCCAGAGCCGGAGACAGCUAACGUAGGGCAAGAACCAGAGCCGGAACCAACACCAGAACCAGAGUCAUCACCAGAGCCGGAAAGUGUGACUCCAGACCCGAGUGCAGAGGAAGAAAAAGCUCCUGAACCAGAGACGGAAAACAGUGAACCUGAGGACAAGCAAGAGGAGAGUAUCCCAGAAGAGAAUCCAGUUAUGAACUUCUUCAAAACACUAGUGACUCCCACUAAAACGACCAAAAAGGAAACAGCUGCUCCUGCUGCUGCUGCUGCUCAGCCCCCAAAGGAGAGCCAACCAGCUGCAACCACUACUGUUGCACAAGUAUCUGAACCGCCCGCAGCAUCCAAAGGAAUGUCUAUCCCGCCGCCACCUCCUCCAGAGCCACCAAAAAUGGAAAUUAAAGCCGAACCAGCAGCCAAACCUGUCAAAUCCUCACCAAAAGUGGAACCAAAAGCUGCUGCAAAAGAACCUGAGCCCGCAAAGGGAAAAUCUGCCAAAGAUGCACUGAGCAAAUUCUUCCGUCCAAAGACAAGCAAGAACCCACCAGAGCCAACAGUAGAGGUAGAUGCACAACCGGUUGUAGAAGUCAAGGAGUCACCAGUGGAGGAGCCAGAGCCAGUUGUAGAAGUUCAGGAGACACCAGUGGAGGUGCCUGAGCCCGUUGUAGAAGUCCAGAGUGAAAAUAUAUUUGAACCUCCUGAGACAGCGGAGGAGGCGGCACAGCCGGCUGUAGAGGACAGUCAGCAGAUUGUUGAAGAUGUGGAGGUACCACAAGCAGAGGUAGAAACCGAGAAGGUGGAUCCCUCGAAAGCCGGCACUCUGGAGGCUGCUGCGAAACCGGAACUGCCGCCGCCUGUUCAGGAAGAGAAGAAACCGCCCGCAAAAUCAGCUUUCCUGUCUUUCUUCAAGCCUAAAGUACUGUUAGACAACAUGACCACAAAAGUCCAGGCAGCCUCCACAAGUGGAGUUCGGUUCCUCAGGAGAACAACUGGAGUGGCUGACUCCAAGAAGGCGGCCCCUGCCCCCGCUGCAGCAGCAGCAGAAGCAGCAGCUCAGACAGCCAAAGCCAAAGAGGAACCCAAAGCAGCGGUCAAAGAGGCGGUCGUAGAAAACAAACCAGCUUCAGGGGACUCCCCGGCUGGAGACGACGCCGCCAACGUGCCCGCCAAACUGGAGAAGAGAAACUCCAUCCACAAGUUCUUUAAACAUCUGGGUCAGAAACGUGGCUCUACAGAUGCCGGGGUCCAGACAGAGCCAGCCGUCGCUGCAGCAGCUGAGAAGGCCAAAUGAAACCAAAAGCAACACUAAAGUCUCCCUGUACAGACUCCACCUCUCUCUCCUUCUCUUUCUCAAUCUUUUACCUCUCUCUCUCUCUUAUCUCCCUUUCCUCUCCUAUCUCUAACUACAUUUUCUUUUCUUUUUCUUUUGCUACACUUAAGAAGUCAUAAUUCAAAAGAGCGACGUGUCUGGAAGGAUUAAAGCAAGUGUGAGAAAGAGCAGGAGGUGUUUGUGGUGGAAGUCAAGAAAUGGCAAGGUCGUUGAGAUAAAUAUAUAUAUUUUUUGUUAUAUAGAUGUCUUGACAAGUAUAGCGAUGUGAGUGUGAAACCGUUUUGUUUUUUUUAAGAGACAUUUAAUGUGACUUAUCUCUGUUCCCACCGCCUGACAUUCUGUAAACUGGGCGUAUGUUAUAGACAGAACCAUGCUUUGCUUUGAGCAGAUUAAUAUGUCAAAAACAUUUAAGAACACAAUGUUAUAAAGGUUUUAUUUUUACAGAAUGAACCAGAAAUAUCACACAGAAGGUGUCAAUACAAAGGAUAAUAUAUAAUGAUAAUGAAGAAGUACUUUAAUGUAUAUAACAUUUAAAUACGACGAGCACAUUUCUAUAACAAACUGCACUUACAGAUUUUUUUUUUUAACUUGAUCUAAGCUCUGUGUAAAACUAAAGCACAUAACAUGUCAUGUAUUGGGCCAUGUGGGAAAAAAAUCUCAAUCUUUACUGCUCUGUGGGGACCUGAUUGUAAAGUGUUCACGAUAACAAAUGCGUCUGAAGGUGGCAGAAUGGUGUCUUUGUGCAAAUGUGUCCUUGUGGUACGUUUUCGCAGUUCUCAUAAAUCACAGUCGAUUAGCUUUUAAUUUGGUCGCAGCACUUUGUGUCGUGUCGUUUUCAUGGAAGUGUCUUAAGUCAUUUUCUGUUUUUUGGCGUAUGUGCAAUUAAUACCGUGCUUCUGUUUGCACUAUAAGUAUGUAUGUAUGCAUAACAUCGGCUCUCUCUUGAAGACAAUAAAUAUGUUCAACAUU